GGAGCCGGUGGAUGAAGUGCUGCAGAUCCCCCCCUCCCUGCUGACAUGCGGCGGGUGCCAGCAGAACAUCGGGGACCGCUACUUCCUGAAGGCCAUCGACCAGUACUGGCACGAGGACUGCCUCAGCUGCGACCUCUGCGGCUGCAGGCUGGGCGAGGUGGGCAGGAGGCUCUACUACAAGCUGGGCAGAAAGCUCUGCAGGAGGGACUAUCUCAGGCUCUUUGGUCAAGACGGCCUCUGCGCCUCCUGCGAGAAGCGAAUCCGGGCGUACGAGAUGACCAUGCGGGUGAAGGACAAAGUGUAUCACCUGGAAUGCUUCAAAUGUGCUGCCUGCCAGAAACAUUUCUGUGUUGGGGACAGAUACCUGCUCAUCAACUCAGACAUAGUAUGUGAACAGGACAUCUACGAGUGGACUAAGAUAAAUGGAAUGAUCUAGCAGAGCCGUGCCUCCGUGGUCCAUCGGAGACACCUGGCGGGCGACACGGAGUGAGCUGCAGGGAGGAGAUCACCCCUCGAGCUCUGGGCUUGGUCUGAAACAGGGGGAAAACACCCCGGAGUCAGCCCUUUGCAGGCAGUGCCACGUAGAAUCUAAACUACACAUAGGUGGAGAAGGGAGACUGGAGCAAUAGUAGAUAGACUGACUUC